CAGUAGCGUGGAGCAGCCAGAGCUGUCCUGCGCAUCCAUCCAAUUGCUUCUUCCAUUACCUGCCUGACUUUCUUUGUCGCAUUUUUGAGUGUCCGUUCUCAUCUGAAGCACAACAUUCGUAUGAGUAUUGCAAUGGCUCAUAAGAAAGCAAGGCAAAGAAUCUCAUACGUUCUUGAGCUUGACCAUUCCUCAUCUGGUGGCCACAGACUCGGCAUAAACGGGCUCGCUGUGGACCCUAGCAAUGCCAUCCUCUAUUCCGGAGGAAGAGACGGCGUCGUAUGCGCAUGGGAUCUCAGUCUCGGCUUGAAUCGCAGGAGCGCUGGCCAACCGAAUUCCGAUACCAAAUCGAAAUUCCGCGCCUCGACACAAGCCCACACUCACUGGGUCAACGACAUCGUGCUAGCUUCCAACAAUACCGCCCUCGUGUCUGCGUCCUCUGAUCUGACCGUCAAAGUUUGGCGACCGCUGGCGGGCGAGACCGAGGCGCAUACGAUUGGCCAACAUGCCGACUACGUCAAGUGCGUCGCAUCCCUGAGGGGGGCAGACUGGGUCGCAUCGGGCGGUCUCGACCGGAAAAUAUCUCUCUGGGACCUCAAUGGCGCGGGAAAGUCUCUCGAGAUCGAUGUCAGCGGGGAGGAGAUCACAGAGAAGGGCUCCGUUUAUGCCUUGAGCGUCGGCCGCAGCAUCCUAGCCAGCGGUGGCCCCGAGUCCAUAGUUCGGCUGUGGGAUCCUAAGUCGGGCAAGAGAAUCACCAAGUUCGUUGGACACACAGACAAUGUACGCUCUAUAUUGGUCAGUGAGGCAGGCGACACUGUUAUGACUGCCAGCUCGGACCAAACGGUCAAGGUCUGGAGCGUCACGGCCGGUAGAUGCAUGUACACCCUCACCAUGCACAAUGACAGUGUUUGGUCGUUGUUCUCAGACCACCCAGAUCUCAGUGUCUUCUACAGCAGCGAUCGCUCUGGCAUGGUGGUCAAGACUGACGUCACAGGCGCCGUUGAAAUGGACGAAGGCUUGUCUGUCGCCGUGGCACAAGAACACAAUGGCGUGACUAAGCUUGUAGCGUGCGAUGAGUACAUAUGGACUGCAAGCGCCAGCUCUUCAAUCAACCGCUGGACUAACGUCGAGACCGGUCCCGAUGCCCAACUUCCUGAGGUAUUCAGGCACAUUCGCCCUAGCAGUCCAUCUUCUCGAUCCAAGCAAGCACGCUUGUCUUCGACGGAUGACCCUACGAAGAAAGAAAUCCCCGUCAAGUCCGUAUUAAGGAUAUCGAACACAGCAGCUUUCCCACUCGAGAUUGCCGCCCCCACGGAAAACAACCUCGCAGCUCCUACUGUGGUCACCCGGAAAGGCUCAGAAAUUACAGCGGAUCCUAUCAUCCCCGUGGCUGAACCGAUCCACCACUUACCCGUUGAAACCAUUGAAGGCCAAAAUGGACUAGUGAAGCAUAAACUCUUGAACGAUCGGCGACGAGUUCUGACCUUAGAUACCGCUGGAGAUGUUUUAUUAUGGGAUCUUAUCAAGUGUGAAGUAAUCCAACGAUUCGGAAAGAAACAUCUAGAGGAUGUGGAGCCCGAAGUCAACACGCUGGAAGCUGUAGCCCCGUGGUGCUCCAUUGAUACCAGUUCCGGAAACCUCACAGUGGUUCUGGAGCCGUUUAACUGUUUCGAUGCUGAGAUGUACGCUGAUGAGGUGGCCAUGGAGGAACCUGUCGAGUUUCGCGAAGACCAGAGAAGUAUAAAAAAUGUGCUGCCGUGGGCAACACUUGUUGCUAAUGAUUCUGUAGUCAAUCUGGGUAGAUGGAUCCUUCGCUACCUGUUCGCAAAACUCAUCGACGAGGAAAUCAGGAGAGACGAAGCCUAUCGUCAGAAGCUGAAUGAGAGUGUAGAGAAGAGACAGGCAGCAGCUCAAAUCAACUCUCCGUCGUCGAUCCAAAUACCAGACGCGGGAGGCUGGGAUGCGAACGCCUCGUCCUGUGCAACUCCAAGGGCGAAUGGGUUUCCGCCCAUGACUCCGGGGUUGGCGAUAGGUGUGGCAACUCCCGGCCUUGGAACACUUCUCCCGGGCGUCCCCGAGGAUUCUGCUGCACCUGGCAGUCCCCUAGUCCAGCGGUCUUCUGCGCAGAUUGGCCGGCCAUCCGGAGAGAACGACUACUUUUCCAGCGGCAUCACUUCGGCAGAUGCACCUGCAAAAGCACCAGCUACGACUCCAGCUGAGAAAGAGCCUCUGAAGGAUGAGACGCCAAAAUCCCCGACUGAAACCAAAGAAAAGGAUAAUGGCAAAUCCCCCACUGCCUUCGGCAAAAAAUUCCGAAUGGGCAUGUCUUUUGGCUCAAAGAAAUUGGGUCGCUCAGCAUCGACAGCCACUUCCGAUAAGCCAGCGGUUGUAGACGAGAAGAAAGAAGACGAGAACAAGUCCGAAUCCUCGUCAAACCACGAUAAGGAGGUAGAUGAUAGCUUCUAUGGCGUCGUCCAAAAGAUCCAGAACGAAUACGAUAAGCUCAUCCAGGAUGUACCUGACAAGCUGGUGGAGACGAAAAUCACACCUAGCCUGCCAGUUGAUACCCCUGUGUUGAAGCUUCCAUCCGGUACGAGGGUCAUCAUUCAAGAGGAGACAUCUGGCGGCAGCGCCAACCUCUACAGAGGAACUGUAGAGACUGUCGGUGUAGAUGUAGCUAUCAUUGAGCAAAAGGCGCCGAUGUGGUUGGGUGAGGUUCUUUUAACCAACACAAUUCCACAGAAGGAACCUGUCAAGGUGUCCUUUGUGUUGCAUCCAUGGCAAGACUCACUACCCAGCAUAGCAACGGCUGACGGAAACAAUCGAUUGAAUGCCAAUAGGAUGCUCCGGGUGAAGAAGAUCCUGGCGUAUGUGGCUGAAAGAAUCGACCCACAGCCUCAGGAGGCUGACGAGAACGCUCUCAAACCUGAGGAGUAUCUGGAAUUGUACUGCAAUGAUCAGGUAUUGCCCAACACCAUGAGCCUCGCCACUCUUCGGGCACACAUCUGGAAAGGAGGUAAUGAUGUUGUACUGUACUAUAAGGCAAAUGGCCGGAAGGUAAUUUCCAAGCGGCCAUCACUGCCUGCAGUGGAGCAGCCGGCUACACCCGAGGCUGAUGUACAACCGCCCGCUGCUCUACCGACUGCCAUCGCCGCGAGUUGAGGUUGAGAGAGAGGGUGGAACGGGAAUCUGCCCUGGGGGAACGCAUUAUUCCUACUUUCCUGGGAGUCAAAAGUUACAGACCAUAUUUGAAGCAUACUAAAACUAUUAAUCUGGUAACUCAAGUCUUGAGUACCUCGUACAUAUACUAAUGCAUAUACAUGGUGCCAAGCGCUUAUCCGCCC